CGGAAUAAACAUAAGGGGUGUAGCAAGUGAUGAUGAUGCAGAUCAGAUGAUGUGAAGUACCACUAUAACUGAACAGGGGUAAAUAUGGAGGACUUCAAGUAUUUGUUUAAAGUUGUGUUGAUUGGUGAAGCAGGAGUUGGGAAGACAUGUCUGGUCAGAAGAUUUACUCAGGGUCUGUUUCCACCUGGACAGGGAGCUACCAUUGGUGUGGACUUCAUGAUCAAAACUGUGGAAAUUAAUGGGGAAAAAAUUAAGCUUCAGAUCUGGGAUACGGCCGGACAAGAACGGUUCCGUUCCAUUACACAGAGUUAUUACCAUUCUGCUAAUGCCCUUAUCCUGGUGUAUGAUGUCUGUAGUCAACUCUCCUUUGAUAAUAUCCCACACUGGAUUCAUGAAAUUGAGAAGUAUGCCAAUACCAAAGUGUUUAGCUACCUUGUUGGAAAUAAGAUUGAUCAAAUAAAUAGGAGAGAGAUUCCAUCAUAUAUUGGAGAACAGUUUGCUAAACGUUAUGAGAUGAAAUUCAUAGAGACCUCUGCCAAAGAAGCUGAGAAUGUGGAUGCAUUGUUUUAUGAUAUUGCCACUGAAUUAACAAAACAGGCCCAUCAGCAGGCUCUGGAGUCUGACAAGAGUGUCAAUUUUAAGGCCCACAACACCUCUACUAUCUCAAGCUGCUCAGCUUGCCUUAAAUUUUAAUGUCUACAGAUAUGGAUUUAAUCCAUUCUGAUGUACCGGUAGGUGUUCUUUAAAUAAAACAACAUUUCCUAGUCCAAUUUACAACCAUUCUGUCAAUGUAUUUUGUUAAAAAGCUUAAAAAAAUUCCAUUGAAAUUCAUUUUUUGAAAGAGAAAAUUGAGUCACAAUGCUUGUAAAUGUAUUCAACAAAGAAUGUUUUAUGUUAAUCACUAUUUAAUGUUUUUCAAACCCAAUUUUUUAAAACUUAUUUUCUCGUGUAUUAUUUGAAUGAAUUAUACUAAAAGUUUUAUUAAAAAAAUCUCCUUUUUUUGUUAAAAGUAAAUUAUAUUAAGAAAACUUUUGCAGUGCAAAAGAGAGCGAGUCUGAUGGUUGAGUGCCUAAUGCUGAGUUCUCUGUUGAAAUAGUUCUCUGCAUGAUUUGUAAUAAUAUGUGAUUCUUGUGACAGGUUUUUUUUUUCUUUUUUUUUUAAGUUUGACAAUUGUUUUUAGUAUUCUUAUAAAAUAUGCUCAUUAUACUGUAUAAUGUUGUUAGAAUGUGCCAUGUUUUAGGAAGAAGGCGUGUAUUGAGUACAUUGCUUUCAUUGUCUAUAAAUAACAAGUAUCUACAUUGAACAUUGACUUAGUAUAUUUUGGGCUUUGAAAUGCAAACGUUGCUGCCAAUUGAAACUUUCUACAACUUAAACCAGAUAAAAAAUUGAUGACUGUAAACGGUAUUUUUAAAGUUUUUUUUCAAUGUAUCAUUUUUGAUUUCAGACAAUAUUACAAAAUUUCAAUUAGAAUUUAAGCUAAUAGGUCCUUUAAAAGAAGAAAACACUGUAAAAUUACAUAUUUUUGUGGGGUCAAGUUUCGUGGUUUGAGGGAAAAAUGUGGGUUCAUGGGGAUUUGAUUUCAUGGCUGAAGAAUUGUUGUGUAGUUAUACACAAAAAAAUUUUACGUUUGAUGGUAGACAUGAAUUUGUCGGUUUCUCCCUACCUCAAAAACAAUGAAAAUUAACCUCCAACAAAAAUAGGUGAUUUCACAGUACUUUACAAAAUUUAAAGCAUAUUUAGUUGUUUUAUAUAUAUACAUUGUCAAUCAAAAUGUUGAUUUCACACUCAGUAACUGUUGAUCAGACAUUCCUGAUAUCACAGCUGAUUACCCCCCUCCCCUUCUUUGUAUUGGUAUAGUUUGUUUCACUUUUUUGCAUGGCUAAGCUGUUAUGAAUUGUGCUUUUUUUAAAACUCUAGUCAACACUGUUUAGUUUAUUUUUUGAAUUCUCGGAUUUUCAUCAUUUUUUUUCUUUCUACUAAUCUUUAUACACUAAUAUCAGAAUGUUUUCAUACCAAUAGUGCCAAUUUUAUUUUCUUUCUCAGCAUUGUUUAUUUGUAAAUUGUUGUUAUAAUUAUGCUCUUUGUCAGUUUGAAUUUCAUUCAUUAGGAUAUAUUGCAUAGUUUUAAAUGGAAUAAACACCAUUGAAAGACAGAUGUUAACUGAAGAAUUUUUUUUUUUAAUUAGUGCUUUCAUCUUCUGUACUCUUGAAGUUUCAUCAAGUAUUAUUGCACGAAAAGGUAUUUUGAAAAACACCAAAUUUUUUUUAGUUAUUUAUGUAUAUAUUAUUUUAUUUUUGUUUACCAACUUCCAUUUGUUCGAUAUAUCUGAAAAAAAAAAAAUCCAUUAGCAGUUGUUAAUUUUUCUCAUGUACACAGUAUACGUAUGUUGAUAAAAACUGCAUGUUGGUCAUGGAUUGUAUGUUGCAAAUAUAAAAAUGCCAAAUUUUGGUGAUAAUCAUUAAUUAACUGCACUUACAGAAUCAGAAUCCUCUUCAGUAAACAGACAUCCAGUAUUGUAAUAGGAAAUCCACUACAUUCAACUUUUGCUUGACACUUUUUUUUACAUGUGGUGCUGUUGCAUCAAGUUAUUAAGAAUACUCAACAUUUCCAUUGUUUUUGUCUGUAUGCUGAGUACUUUAUAAUAAAUUUUCUGACUGAG